CUAUUUACUAGAAGUGGACACUUAAACGCGUGUUUCUGAUGGUGAUAUGAACGCAGCUUUAGAGCAUCUGUGACUAAGGCUUCAUGAGAUUCUCACCUUCAUUCAGUGAUAGCUGUAGAUUUCAGUGUGGACACGUGACAUGUUGUAGAAAGUUGACUAAUCUUCUUCACGCUCCCUCUCUGGUUUCUCCACAGGACUGUGGGCUGAACACACAACAGGUCCAGAAGAAUUCAGGUUGGUAGGAACAGACGGUCCCUGUGCUGGAGGACUGCAGAGGAGGAUCCAGGGAUCUGAGUGGAGUGAAGUAUGGGACAUAAACAUGAAGAUUGUAGCCAAUGUUUGCAGGAGACUGGAUUGUGGUUCUCUGGUGUCAGCCAGAAAAACAAGAUAUAAUAUAAACAUAACUUGUUCAGACUCUGUCAGGCUGGAGAACGGAUCCAGUCGGUGUUCAGGCAGGCUGGAGGUGAAGUCCAACAACUCGUGGUCCUCCGUGUGUGAAGAUGACUUUGACCUGCUGGAUGCAGAGGUGGUCUGUAGGGAGCUGGGCUGUGGGGCUCCUUCAGUCCUCCAGGGGGCGCUCUAUGGAGAAGCAGAAGCUCCCAUAUUGAGCAGAGAGUUUCUCUGUGAAGGUCAUGAGUCUGUUCUUCUGGACUGUGGAAGCUCAUGGAGGAAAACAAAAGCCUGUCCACCUGACAAAGCUGUUGGACUCACCUGCUCAGAUCCUGCUACUGUGAGACUGAUGGGAUCGAGUCGUUGUUCUGGUGAACUCCAGGUGAAGAAUGACUCUGUCAGGCUGGAGAACGGAUCCAGUCUGUGUUCAGGCAGGCUGGAGGUGAAGUCCAACAACUGGUGGUCCUCCGUGUGUGAAGAUGACUUUGACCUGCUGGAUGCAGAGGUGGUCUGUAGGGAGCUGGGCUGUGGGGCUCCUUCAGUCCUCCAGGGGGUGCUCUAUGGAGAAGCAGAAGCUCCCAUAUUGAGCAGAGAGUUUCUCUGUGAAGGUCAUGAGUCUGUUCUUCUGGACUGUGGAAGCUCAUGGAGGAAAACAAAAGCCUGUCCACCUGACAAAGCUGUUGGACUCACCUGCUCAGGUACAGCUGCCAGUUAG